AUCUGUCAAGCCCACAUUUAAACUGCUGCCUGCCUGUGCAGCAGCUGAGGAACUGUGGAUUUCAUAUUAUAGACUAAAACCCCAGUAAAACUGCUCCAAAUCCUUCCUGCAGCUGCCAGGCAACAACGAAAGAGAGUUAAAUCCUAUUCUAUUCCAAUACAAUCGGAGCACUACAUUCUAGCUCCGGCUGCUUUACAUUGCAGCUCAGUGUUAUUACUAGAAAUAUGGAUACUGAGAAGAGAAUACAGCACUGCAUUGUCCGGCCAGGAAAACAGCAGAUGUAAAAAGCUUCAAUGCAUCAACUGUCGGCAAGAGUCAACAGUGCUCCGAAUAGACCGGACAACUACAGCUCUUUUGUUUAAAGAAAGAGAAAGAAAAUGAAAGAAAGGAAAAAUCUCAGAAGACUAGGACCCAUAUGAACAAGGAGGGUAACUCGAAGACAAGCAGACAGAUGGACACUUUGGAUACUGUGAAAAGCAAUCGCAGGAGGCAGACUAUUGGGGGAUGUGCGCAUGUUCGAUAGCAUCUUUUUUGCUGAAGUGAUGGCGUGCCAAAAGUAUUUUCAGUGGGCAUAAUCCUCUCCACAUAAAUGGCCUGACCAAGGAAGUAGGGGCCAAUGGAAACAUGCCAAGCAGUGUACUGUGACUAACAGAACUCUGCCAUAAUCAACCUUGCACCGUCUGUCCCACAACUGAUACAUGACCGUUUUACAAAAAAGGCCGCUGACUGUGCACCAUACCACCAAUAAAUGACUGCAUGGGAGACAACGUGACCGAAUUAAAAAAUGAUUACCAAAGAAAAGUAUUGAUUCAGGAGAAGGAAACAACAUUUUCAGCCUCCAGUAUCUCAUAUCCCAUUACUGGAUAUUUACAACAUGCUUCAGUGGAGGAGAAGACACUGCUGCUUUGCAAAGAUGAGCUGGAAUGCCAAGAGGUCUCUGUUCCGUACCCAUCUUAUUGGUGUACUUUCUCUAGUGUUUAUUUUUGCUAUGUUUUUGUUUUUCAAUCAUCAUGACUGGCUGCCAGGCAGAGCUGGAUUUAAAGAAAACCCUGUAACAUACACUUUCCGAGGAUUUCGUUCUACAAAAAGUGAGACAAACCACAGCUCUCUCCGGAACAUUUGGAAAGAAGCAGUCCCUCAAACUCUGAGGCCUCAAACAGCAACUAACUCCAAUAACACAGACCUGUCGCCACAGGGAGUUACAGGGCUAGAGAAUACACUCAGUGCCAAUGGAAGUAUUUACAAUGAAAAAGGUAUCGGACAUCCGAAUUCAUACCAUUUCAAAUAUAUUAUCAAUGAACCUGAAAAAUGCCAAGAGAAGAGCCCUUUUUUAAUACUGCUAAUAGCUGCAGAACCUGGACAAAUAGAAGCUAGAAGAGCUAUUCGGCAAACUUGGGGCAAUGAAAGUCUAGCACCUGGUAUCCAAAUCACAAGAAUUUUUUUGCUGGGCGUAAGUAUUAAGUUAAAUGGCUACCUUCAACGUGCAAUACUGGAAGAAAGCAGACAAUAUCAUGAUAUAGUCCAACAGGAAUAUUUAGAUACAUACUACAAUUUGACAAUUAAAACACUAAUGGGCAUGAACUGGGUUGCAACGUACUGUCCACAUAUUCCAUAUGUUAUGAAAACUGACAGUGACAUGUUUGUCAACACUGAAUAUUUAAUACAUAAGUUACUGAAGCCAGACCUGCCUCCCAGACAUAACUACUUCACUGGUUACCUAAUGAGAGGAUACGCACCCAAUCGAAACAAAGAGAGCAAGUGGUACAUGCCACCAGACCUCUACCCAAGUGAACGCUACCCUGUCUUCUGUUCUGGGACUGGUUAUGUUUUUUCUGGAGAUCUGGCAGAGAAGAUCUUUAAAGUUUCUUUAAGUAUCCGUCGUUUGCACUUGGAAGAUGUAUAUGUAGGGAUCUGUCUUGCCAAGUUGAGAAUUGAUCCUGUGCCCCCUCCCAACGAGUUUGUGUUCAAUCACUGGCGAGUUUCUUAUUCAAGCUGUAAAUACAGCCACCUAAUUACCUCUCAUCAGUUCCAGCCUAGUGAACUGAUAAAAUACUGGAACCAUUUACAACAAAAUAAGCACAACGCUUGUGCCAACGCAGCAAAAGAAAAGGCAGGCAGGUAUCGCCAUCGUAAAUUACACUAGAAAAGACAAUUUUUUUUUUCAAAUGUGCAAUCUGUAAAAUAUUGCUAAAAGCAUGUAUAGUUAAAACUGAUUACAUCCAUAGGACAAGUUUUAGUUAAAAUUCAUCACAUACAGAAAUUCAAAAAAUAUUUUUUUAAUUUCUGAAAGUAAUUCUUAAAAAUAACAUUAUAUAACAAAAAAGGUAUCCCAAAAGAAACUAUAAAAAAAAAAAAAACUGUAUAAGGGGAUUCUGUGUAUUAACAUGCAAUAAAAAGCAUGCAUACAUCAAUGGUUCAAGGCUUCGUUAAGGGCCAAUAAGAUGUAUUUGCAUAUAUUUUCCACAUAAAUUUUAAUUUAAGAAAUGGAGACAGUCAAAAGACCCUUCUCAUUUUAGAUUCAGUUUUUCAUUUUAACAUAUAAUUAAAUGUAAAUAAAACAUUAUUGUCAAUCUUAAGGAAAAUUUGUAAUUGUGCAAAGGACAAAUUUUCUGACCUGACUAUUCUAGGGUUCUAAAACUAUAUUCCAUGCAAUAAGAUUUAGUUGAAUUACUCCAUAAACACAUUUAUAAAGUUCAGAUGCUUCAUCAAUGCAAUUCUCAUCUAAGUAUUUACCUUUUAAUAACAAUUGAGAUACUCAUUUUCUUUUAUUAAUACAUAUAUUGGGGGAAAAUUAUUUUGACAUGUGAUAAAAUGUGAAAAAUCAAUGUGUCUCAGGCUCAAGUUUUUAUAAGAAAAAAAAAGUAAAUGUUUCAAAAUAGACAGUUUGUUUCCUUGUUGGUGUUAAGGGCCAAGCUAGUAUUUAAAUGAGUUAUUCUAUUAGAUCAGUUAUUGCACUCUUAAGGAGUACUACCACUUAACUUCAAGGAUAUCUGUACAAAUACAACAGGUUCCUCCAACUGAAGCAAAAGUAAUUACUUACAGGCACAAAGAGAAUGUACUGUUGAAAAAAGAUACAGGAUAAAGACUGCAGCAGCAGUUUCAUUCAAUACAUUUUUAAGAUGCGUGUCUGCCAAACUGCAACAUAUGGGAAGUUUAUUUCCUGACAGCAGGUGUACACAUGCCAAUACUUAAUCAUUUUAUGGCACCUACUUCUUUCUCUGAGUGCCAAGUUUACAAACCUGCAGUUUUUAAUUUGGUAGAUGACAACUAUUCCAUGUCACCAAUUUAAAACCUUUUUUGGGAGGGAUGGGGGAAAACUACAAAUGUUUGAUGAACACUUGAUUCUAGGAUGACAAUGUAUACAACGCACUUUUACCAAGUUUUUAAUAAAAAAAAAGUAAAUAAAAAAAUCUUUACUGAGUGUUACAGUACAAGUAUUUUCACAGUAAUUCUGUUUGGUUCCAUUACAAAGUUUAAAAUCAAGAAAUAGUAACCCACUAAGUUUGAAAGUGUUUUUAAUUCAUAAAAGUAUGUAAAAUUUAACGAUCUAAAUCUAAUGAAGAUGUUACUUAUCCUAAUUGUAAUGACAAUCAUUCUUAUCCUUGAUUCUAUUCUGAAGAGAUACUGUACCAAAACAGAACUGUAAUAACUGUUAAAGUUCAGAAUCACAGAAACUGUUUAAGUACUUAUUAUUUAAUAUGUUACAUUCUAUUUAUACUGAAUAUAUCUCCCAUUUUCAAUUCAGUAGUCUUAAGUAUUCUAUUCUACAUAGAGCAAUUUUGAAAGCCAAGCUAUAUAACAUCCCAGCUCUUGGUUAAGUCCAUUUCUCACUUAAUUUAUUCUAUAUGAUUAUAAAAACACUAAAGUUACUAAAUGCCAAACUCAUUAAAUAAAAGUCACACAUAAGAGGAUAAUACCAAAUUAGGUAAGUAAGUUUCAGGAAAGACAAAAGUAAUCCUUCCUUCAAUGUAGAGUAAUUCUCUCAUUUCUACUUCAGAAGUUUUUUUAAAAAAGGGUAUAUGUGUGUACAUGUAUGCAGGCGCAAUUAUGUACCCAGAAACAGAACACAAGCACUAUCUGCCUAAAUUAUGAUUAUAGUGCAGAAUCUUUAAAAGAUAGUAUUUUUCUUCUGGAAAAAUUCAAGUUUAAAAAGUUGACUUAUGAAAAACAGAAUUCUUAACAGACAACUAAAUUCCUAUCUUACGCAUCAAUUUAAAAUCGUUUCAAUAUCCCUGAGAAUACUAUCUUGAGAAGUGACAGUAAUCUGGUAACACAGAGUUCUCAAAGAAAACUCGAUCAAAUAAUAAAGUUUCCUAAUGCUGCUGAAAAUCUGUAUUUUAAAAUAAAUAUUCUAUUAAUUUA